AUGGUCGACGCACAAACAAUCACCGACAACGAGCGCUGGGCUGGCGUCUACAAACUUCUCGACCGCAACAGUCUUAUCCACCCCGAGUUCGAGCCCCAGGAGGAGAUCAAGGAGUUCAUUCAGAGCUGCAAGAUUCUCGUCAUUGGUGCCGGUGGUCUUGGCUGCGAAAUCCUCAAGAACCUUGCCCUAUCGGGCUUUUGCGACAUUCACGUCAUCGACAUGGACACCAUCGACGUUUCGAACCUGAACCGUCAGUUUUUGUUCAGACGCGCUGAUGUGGGCAAACCCAAGGCAGUUACCGCUGCAGCCUUUAUCAACAAGCGCGUCCAGGGCGUUACCGUCACACCACAUUACUGCAAGAUUCAGGACAAGGACGAGGACUUUUAUUCAGAAUUUGCCCUUGUCAUCUGCGGCUUGGACUCGAUUGAGGCUCGUCGCUGGAUGAACGCUACUUUGGUCGGUAUGCGUGACGAAGACAACCCCGACUCUCUCAAGCCCUUGAUUGACGGAGGCACCGAAGGAUUCAAGGGUCAGGCCCGUGUAAUCCUCCCCGGAAUCACGUCCUGCUACGAGUGCUCGAUGGAUAUGUUGAGCAAGCCCACUGGAUUCCCUUUGUGCACCAUUGCCAACACACCUCGUUUGCCCGAGCACUGCAUUGAGUGGGCACAUAUCCUUGAAUGGCCCAACGUGCAUGGUGAGCGCAAGAUGGAUACCGAUGAUCCCAAAGAUAUCCAGUGGCUCUAUGAGACUGCUCUCGCCCGCGCGAGGCAGUACAACAUCCAGGGAGUCACCUACAGCUUGACACAGGGCGUCGUCAAGAACAUUAUCCCCGCCAUUGCCGCCACCAACGCCAUCAUUGCCGCAUCGUGCUGUAACGAAGCGCUCAAGAUUGCGACGACAUGCGCCAAGAACUUGAACAACUACAUGAUGUACAGCGGCAACGACAGUGUUUACACUUACACCUUUGAACAUCAGCGAAAGGAUGACUGCCCCGUUUGCAGUACCUCUGCCACCAAGCUCGACUUCAAGGGUGAUAAGACUCUCGAAGAGUUGAUGGACUACCUCAAGGAGAAGCCUGACGUUCAAUUGAAGAAGCCCAGUUUCGCUGUUGGAGGCAAGCCCCUGUACAUGCAGGCACCCAAGCAGCUGGAGGAAGCGAUGCGCCCCAACCUCCAGAAGCCCCUGAGCGAGCUGUUCUCGAGCGGGGACGAGCUGACCAUCACCGACUCGACCCUCCCCUUCAGCUUGCAGAUCAUCGUGACCUUUAUCUGA